AUGGCAGACGAUGUGUUGCACGGCGUCACCAAGUCGGAAGAGGCGCACGACACGGAGACGCAGCUCAAGGAAUUCAGCAGCACCGAGCUUCUUUCUGCUGCGCACUCCAGGUUUCUGCUCGACCGCUACGGCACCGUUGAUCUAGAGCCGUUACCCGAUCCCACGCCAGCGGAUCCCUUGAACUGGCCCCAACGCAAAAAACUCAUCAACCUCUCCCUCGUGGCGUUUCACUCGUGCAUCUGCUCCUUUACCGCAUCCUCCGUCAUCCCCGCCUUCAAGGACAUCUCGGAGCGGCUGGGCGUCUCCAUCCAGGCGGCGUCGUACAUGACGUCGCUGCAGAUCGCCGUCCUCGGCGUCGCGCCGCUCCUCUGGCACCCGUUGGCCAAGCGCUACGGUCGCCUGCCCAUCUACGUGCUGUGCCUUCUGGGAAGCAUCGCCAGCAACGUGGGCAGCGCCCGCAGCGGUACAUACGGCGCGCUGGCGGCGUGCCGGGCGCUCGGCGCCUUCUUCAUCUCCCCGGCCGCGGCGCUGGGCGGCGGCACCGUGCAGGAGAUGUUCUUUGCGCAGGAGCGCGCGCGGUACAUUGGCGUGUGGACGCUCAUGUUCACCAUCGGGGUGCCGUUUGCGCCGUUUCUCUUUGGGUUCGCCGUCGAGAGGGCGGGAUACGAGUGGAUAUUCUGGUCGCUUGCCAUUACCAAUGUCGUCCAGUUCAUCUUGUACGUGGCCCUGGGGUCCGAGACCAGAUAUAUCCGCAGCCGCAGCGACGACCCCUCGCCUGUCCCUCGCCGUUUGGCCCUGCGACGCAUCGAUCCCACGCCCUUCUCCAUGCUCGAGUUUGUACACCCCUUUGUCUACGCCGUGCGGUGGCGCGUUGCUAUUCCCGCCGCCUCCUACGCCAUGUCAUUUCUCUUUUGCAACGUCGUGACGACGGUCGAGAUCCCGCAGCUGUUUGCCGAAAAGUUCCACUUUGGCGCGCAGACACUCGGCCUGCAGUUCCUCGCGCUGAUGGUCGGCAGCCUCGUCGGCGAGGCGCUGGGCAGCGCGGCCUCGUCCUUCUGGAUGGCGCGCGGGAUUAACAAGAAUGACGGCCAGCGACCGCGGCCGGAGCGUCGCCUGUGGCUGAGCUACAUCGGGUACGCGUGGGCGAUCUGCGGCAUCGUCGUGUUUCUCGUCAUGAGCGCGCAGCUGCGCGUGUACAAUGUGAGUCCCGUCGUGGGGGCGGGCAUCGCCGCCGCGGGCAACCAGGUCGUGACGACGGUGCUGGUGAAUUAUGCAGUAGACUGCUACCCCAGCGAUGCGGCGAGCGUAGGCGUCUACAUCACGUUUGUGCGACAGAUUUGGGGCUUUAUCGGUCCAUUUUGGUUCCCGCAAAUGUUUACAGCCACGGGUGCAGGAAGCGCGGGAGUGGCCGUCGCCCUGCUCGUCGGUGUUUGUGUAUUGCCCACCAUUGUGUUGCAGCUCGCCGGCGGCAAGCGUGAGCUAAGAUCUCGCGAAGACGGCGCGUAG